AUGGCCUUGGCGACUCCCUUCACGUCGACUCGUGGAGAGGACGGCAGAGCCGUGCCGACAAGCAUUCGCCGCUACUGGGACCAACUCAGUGUCAGUGAGCGACAGCAGAUAUUGUUCUUGGACGAAGCAGAUCUCGUGAAACAACUGUACAAGCUCAACCUGAGUUUGCUGUGUGUUGGGCUCAUGCAGCGUCACCUCAGGGCAUCAAAUCGAGCAGCUACAGACACAACUGCUGCCAGCAAGAAAGUGGCCGCUGAUACAUACGUGCUUCUUGAAGCGAUGGAGUUCAUGGAUAUUGGCACUGGUUUCUUGACUGUGAAAACGGAGCUUGCAGAGGACACCGACCGAUUGUUCACGCUGGUUGGAGACGUUUUAGCAGGGUUCUUGACGUCGACCCACGUGCUGACGAAGAGUAGCUUCAACAAACUCUUUGUGACGGAAAGUGAGACUAUCAACACUUGGGCAGACUACCAGCGCCUCAUAGCGAUGCUUGUGGAGCAGCUUAUUCUCCGAAGCUACGUCAUUCAUCUGGAGAAACAGGCGGCACAGCAAAUGGAACAACUGCUGCUGGAAUCAAUCGACUCAAUCGACCUAGAAAGUACCUGUCAGUCGAAUUCAUCGACAGCUCAAACCGAUGAAGGCACGGUGGAGGAGAACGAGGCUUUUCCUGCUGAUUUGGGUGUCUCUUUGAAAACAUCGUCGACCCUAAAUCCUAAUGCCUUGGCUUUCCAGCCCCAAGUGCACGUAGUGCCAGUCAAAGGCACGGGGGUUCGAAAUCCAUUCGCAGGAAAGCGAGCAUUAGAUGAAUGCAUUGUCAGAGUGCCGUGGGAAGAUGUUGAAAGCGAUGCAGAUAGCGCCUUCGACAUUGGCAGCGUGGAUGGAGAUAUGUUUAAUAGAGAAGCUGGGGAUCGAGGCGCCCAGCAGUGGGGGCGGAGAAAGCAACGAAGACGUCAUCAGGAUGCAGAACUGGAGUGGCAGCUGCAACAAGUUUAUGCGUCGACGUCCUCGCUCUUAGGCUGGGACUUUUCACGACAGUGUGAGCUGCCAGACCCAUGCGCCAAUCUCCCUUGGAGUGAUGCAACCCUGUGGAGAACGGCACCGAAAGAAGUCGUGCGGUAUUUCUCGCCUGGAAGUGGCGAUGCGUAUGCGAGGUUCAAUGCGCCUCACUUCUUACCAUCUGGAUCAAGUCCUUCACCGUCGCGAUACUACUUCAACCCGGGACAGCCGAUGCCGUUCAGCCCUCCAUUGCUGGCUUCGGGAACAGAGACUAUGCCACCUCACCUCCAUGGAAGCUUUGGCUUUCAAUCGGCAGAAAUUCCCAUGGUAUUGUCACCCGACUUCUCCAAUGCACAGUAUCAGUGGGGCAGCAGUGAGGAUGAAGUGGACAUCUAG